AUGCCGCUGGUGAAGAGAACCAUCGAGCCCAGGCACCUGUGCCGCGGGGCGCUGCCGCAUGGCGUGACCAGCGAGCUGGAGUGCGUCACCAACAGCACGUUGGCCGCCAUCAUAAAGCAGCUUGGAGGCCUCAGUCGUCACGCCGAGGACAUUUUCGGCGAGCUGUUCAACGAAGCCAACAGCUUCUACGUGAGGAUGAGCGGCCUCCAAGAACGUGUGGACCAGCUGGCCGUCAAAGUAACUCAGCUGGACUCCACGGUGGAGGAAGUGUCGCUGCAGGACAUCAACAUGAGGAAGGCCUUCAAGAGCAGUACCGUGCAAGACCAGCAGGUGGUGUCCAGGACGUCGGUGCCCAACCCGGUGGUGGAGAUGUACCAUCGCUGCGACAAACCUCCUCCGCUUAACAUCCUUAGCCCCUACAGGGAUGACAAAAAGGACGCGCUCAAAUUCUACACGGACUCGUCCUACUUCUUCAACCUGUGGAAGGAAAAGAUGCUGCAGGCCACGGAGGACAAGCGCAAGGAGAAGCGACGGCAGAAGGGCUGUCCGGCCCAUCCCGACAAGCCCCACUCCAGACAGGCCCCACCCAGGAGCCCCCUGUCCAUCUCUGAGCAACAGAGGCAGGUGGACGAGCCGGGCCGUGAAGUCAAGAAGGUGCGUAAGGCUCGCAACCGACGUCAGGAGUGGAACGUGCUAGCUUACGACAAGGAGUUCCGACCCGACGCCAGACUCACGCCCUCACCUUACCACGGCAUGUCACCCGAGGGGUCCUUGUCACCCGACAGCAGGUCGGCCGCGUCCGACUCCUACCCCGCCAGUCCCAACCACCCUUCGAGCCAGGUCUCUGCCUCGGACCACCACCGCGCCAGGGACCACCCGGGUUCGGCGGCACAGACCCAGUCGCUGGAUCGGGGAUUGAGGCCUGCAAACCCGCCGGCAGGAGGUGUUGCGGCAGCUGCCGGCGGGCGCCAUGCCGCCUCCCUAGGCCGGACCCCGUCGACACAGGCCAACCCAGCUGCUGGGGAUCUGACGGUCAACGGGCCCAGGCAGCCGCCGCUUAAGGAUUACCGCGCCGGACACGGCGGAGGCCAACCCUCCACCAUUCCAGAGUACUACAUCCCACCUGCGCCGCCCCCUCCCCCACCGACCAUCCCAUCGGCGCAAACCGCCUUCGAUCAGACCCCGGGCCCGCCCUCUGGCGCCGCGUCCGCUGUGCCCCCCUCUUCCUCCGCCCUAUCCCGUCCUUACUCCCCCUCCCCUCCUCCGCCCCCGGUCAACUACGUCCCCUCUCCCGCCCACCCCCCUUCCGGGGUGCCGCCGGCUGCACCGCCUCCUCCCCCGCCUGGGGGUCCGGCGACUCACCGGGCACACCCCUCUCCGACGCGCGCCGGCGCUGGCCAGGCGGCAACGGACGGCGCUCCCCCUGCCAGGAAGGGGGCAGUGCUGGGCAUGAUCCCCAUGAGCGACGCCCGCUCCGACCUGCUCGCCGCCAUACGUCGAGGCAUCCAGCUGAGGAAGGUGCAGGAACAGCGGGAACAGGAAGCCAAGCGCGAGCCGGUGGGCAACGACGUGGCCACCAUCUUGUCUCGACGCAUCGCCGUGGAAUACAGCGAGUCGGACGACGACUCCGAGCUGGAUGAAAACGAGUGGUCUGACUAA